AUGGCACCAACUACAAUGAUUGUUUGCACAACAUCAAAAUGGCUUUUUGAUUCCAUGGAAAAGAAUAUGCCCUUGAAGAAAAAAUCAUUGAAAUUGAUGAAGCCAAUAGCCUCCUAUAAGAAAGACUACGAUGAUGCAACAAAAGUUUCUUGCAUCAUGGUCGCUACAAUGGCUCCUGAGUUGCAGAGGUUCUAUGAGGACUACUGGCCAUAUGAGAUGAACAAUGACCUUGAGGAAAAGUACCACAUAAGAGCUCGUCAAGAGAAAUAUGAAGUGGUCAAGUCCUUCAUGGCUUGCAAGAUGAAAGAGGGAGAGUCUGUUUGCAACCAUGUGCAGAGAAUGCAAAGAUACAUGGAACACAUUAUUAGGCUCAAUGUGCAUUUUGACGAGGAGUUCGCCAUUGACAUGAUCUUGAACUCCUUGCCAAGUUUUUAUGAUCAUUUCAUAUUGUCUUAUCAUUUAAACAACACAGAAACCACGUUGGCCCAACUCCACAACUUGCUACAGAUUGCUGAGUCAGAAACGAAGGGAAAGAAUCCAACCCUUCUGGUAAUGCUCCUGUUCUUGCCAUUGGUAAAGGCAAAGGGAAGAAGAGAAAGGCUGCUCCCAAAGCUAACUGGAAGAAGAAGUCCAAUUUUGGGUCUUCUAGAAAUGGUCCAAAGAAAAGGACCAACUCAGACAUUCGAGUUUGUAACACCCCAAAACCGAUAA